AGAAAUGACUCCUCAUGUAGGCGGGGUUUAAACCAUAUAAGAUGAAAUUUCUAUCAAUUAAGGUAGAAUUAUAUUUUUCAUUUUAGGUUAACGAUGUACAGUUUUCUUCAACUUCUGACUGUUGUAGUUCUGGUGUCAUGUGCUUUUGGGCAAAGUGGAAAUUUUCAAAACAGACAAGGACAAACUGUUUCUCAGAACUCUGGACAGUCUCAUCCAUGGGAACCAAGAUAUAAACCAAGCGUAGACUACGCAUCGCACCUCCUGGAAAACCAUUAUAAUCAACUCGCACAAAAUCAACAACAAGGCAUUCCGCCCUAUCAGUCGGACUAUGAUGAUCAGUAUAGGCCUGGAUUUUCCAAUCAACACCACAUAGGACCCGGAUUUACCGAUCAACGUCUACAACAUCACCAGCAGGUUGCAAUAAUUCCACCACCUAUCAACACGCAUGCGCUUUUCAAUGGUCCUAUUGGAGGAUUUGGAUUCGGAGGAUCCGGUUUUGAUGCACCAGGAAUCGGAUUUGGCGUUCAUCACACUCCAUUCUAUAGACCAAAUGUUGUUUCCCCAAUGUUCGUUAAUUAUGAGCGACCAACUUUCAUGGAUAAGGUUGGGCAAUUCGUGAAAAGCGAUGCCGGGAAAGCCAUUGGAGCAAUGGCAGUAGGAACUCUUAUAGCCAAAGCUGUUAACAACUAACAAAGUUAAUGUAAGUAGAAUUUCAGCUCACUUCUUAUUCCGUUGAGAGAAA